AUGCUAAUUUUUUUUCGUAUUUUCGUAGUUUUGGUCGGAUAUGCUUUAUGUGAAAUUAAUUUUAAUGAAGACAAUUCUGUCGAAUAUGAUUCUAGUGUUGAAUAUAAUCAAGACAUUGAUUACGGUUCAGUGUAUAAUUUUACGGGAUUUAAUUUUACGGGAUUUAAUUUUACGGGAUUCAAUUUUACUGUAAAUCCCGAUUACAAUUUUAUUGAAGGAAGCGUCGAGUUAGAAUAUGCGUGGACUAAUUGCUAUUUUGAUAUUGGCGGUGUAACAUAUUAUGACAGUAGUGACGUAGAAUUCAAAGAAGGCACUUUUCAUUUUGUUGAAGAAGAACUGACCGAAGAAGAGAAAUUUUAUAUUAAAAAUAAUAACAGACCAUUCGCGAUUGAUGGCGGUUACACUGGACUUGGAUAUAUCAUUACAAUCCCAAGAACAGAACCUGGAAUACCAUCAACCAUCAAUGUUAUAGAUGAAAGCGAAGUAUACAUUAGUCCGGAUUUUAAGCCAUUCAAUAACAAGCAAGGCGACAAACUAGUUUCAGUUUAUAAAACGUUCUACGAUUUUUGUUGGAGACUAUGGAUGGUUGACACCGGAUUGAUUGAUAUACCAGGUGCACGAAAACAAGUGAAACACCCAUCACUAGCAGCUUAUAGAGAGGGCACUGAUCACUUGAUAUUCAGUUUUGACAUAAGCCCUGCAGUGCUGAUCAACGGUACAGCUACUGAAGGUCUAAUGAUAUUAGGCGUAGACACUGGUCGAAGUAAAUGUAAUGACACAUUCGUUUAUAUAACGGAUCAAGCUACAGACGGAAUAAUAGUAUUUUCAUUAGAAGACACUGCUUUCACACGGCUCAAUGUUACCGAUUUAAAUCACUUCCCAACGGAUUCGCCGCACUUUGAGUUCCCGCGCGUGCCAAUCAAUUUUAUAAAAUACACAUUGACAUCGAAUUUAACGACUGGAAGAGAACGUUUGAAGUCAUUUACUGAUAUCAUGAUGUCUACUCGUGGAUCUGAGGCUGCGAAUUUAUGGGAAAAUGAACUAGAGGAAAAUCUCGAUAUCGAUCUUUUUGAGAAACGAAAAUUUUUGUUCUCUCUCAGCAUGGGUACCAAUAACCUACUAUUUAUUAACAAAGCGAGAGACGGUGUACUAUGCUGGAAUCUGGAGACUGAAAUGAUACCUGAGAACGUCCAUGAAGUAGCAAAGCUAAAUUUCACUUCAUCGCUUUACAUCUCUGAUGUCCUAGCCGUUGGAAGUAUAUUGAAAAUUUUGCUUAACAGAAAGUUGAACUCUUCACAAUAUCAGGAUCCCGAUGAAUGGAACCAUUACAUGUACACGAUGGAUCUUGAUGGUGCUAUUGAAGAUACAGCGUGCUUCCUGAAUAAGAACUAUUUUAAUUUAUAUCAUAGAUACUAUACGUAA